AAUGACUGACUGACUUUUCUUUGGGAAUUACAUGAUGACGAAUUCAGUGAGAAACGUUGACAAUGCAAAUAUACUACUAAAAAAACAAAAAAACAAAAAACAAAAAAAAAAAAAAAAAAAAAAAAAAAACAAAAAACCAAAAACCCCACAGAUAAAAGCCCCGGUUACCUGGAGCUAAAGGUAUCUGACAUGUCAUCAAAUGAGAGUACGGUGUAAGGUGUGUGAGUGUUUGUCGACAGACUGCUCCUCUUGUAACCCGAACCUCUCUUCACUGACACCAGCAGCGACUGUAUUUAUUCUGUCAUUAGUUACUACUUCAAGGCUUUUCGUGUGUCAUUGAUAAAGAGCUUGUAGAGAAGACAACUCAAAGCAGUCGAGAAUGAGAGUAUAGAAAUAACACUGAAAAUAUUCAGCAGUAAUAGUGUCAUCCUUAAAAUUUUUCUUGUAUUUUUCUUUUAGCACAAUUCCCAUUAAUGCUGAAAUGUGUAAAUGAUAUUGUAACAGGCAGAGACUAAUAGGACUAUAAUAAACUAUUGAACAAAACUAUAAUAUAAAGUCCAAAGGGGGUCAGUAGAAUUCAGUUGAAAUGAUUAAGCACAGCUAAUUAUUUUCUUUUUAAAAGGUAUUAAUAUUCCCCCAAAGAAUAAAUAAACAUCUAGACCUAUUUUGGGCACACUCAGACUGGUGUCAACAUGAAGGUAAACACGCGGACCUUUUAACGGCGAUAAUUUUCUUCCUCGUGUACCUGCCGCUCGGCUACACACUGAGAAAUACCUCUCCUAGCACAGACUGGGGAUGAAAUUACAUACAAAAGAUCCCAUAGGUCGAAGGGAACACGACUGUGUAAGCGGUCUUCUCACGGCUUAUUUUCUUCCUGCUAGAACCUGUAGGAAAUACCCAGCUACUUGUUCACAUCCACAGGUGAGUGUUCGUGUAUGGAAGUGGACCAGCGCAACGUACAGACAAGAUGGCGACAUGUGAUCACGUGGCAUGGCGUCGAUGGCUGUACUUGGAAUAUUUGAUUGUGGGCAUCGUGGGAUCUUUGUCACAAAGACCCUGCACAAAUAAUAGUGGCUUCAUCGAAACCAGUAGUUACUUUCUGGGAAACGACACUGAAGUGUACCCUGUACAAUACGGAGACUGCUCCUUCGGUCAAUCUCUGUGUAACUACACUCAGUUCUGUACAGACCGCGGUGCACAGGACUGGAGACAAAUCGGAGAUCACGCUGAGUGUCCGGGGAAGUUUGGAUGGUUUGACGCCUUCUCAGUCCUGCUGUCGCCGCUACUACAUAUCAGUCACGUGACCUGUCUAACGUUUGAAUACACUCAAGAAAUACCAGGAACACUGAAUGUUUACAUGGCGACACGCAUUCUUUUAUUUAGUGUCAUGCCUGAGGAGGUGAAAUGGAUACCAGAUUUCAUCUCGCAUAAGAUUGAGUUACCAAAUACCACUGGUAAGCUGGCAUUUCGAGCUCGCAGUGCCAAUGUUAACCACAAAGUUCAGCUCCGGGGUGUCAAGCUGCAGACAGGAUCAUGCACUGGGCCUGAAUGUUUGUUUGAAGACGAAAAUACACUUUCAACUUGUGGUUGGACUCUUGACAACUGGAGCAUAACCCUUGAACUUCUGCCUGAAAACGUCAGAGGUGCAGUGAGCACUGGGUAUUUCGUUUACGUCAUCCACCCGACUAUCAAAGCCACGAUGACCACUACCCUGGUUCAGUCAACAGGAUCCCAGACAGGAUGUCUGGAGUUUAGCUACAUUAUCUGUGGCUCUGAGUUGAGACUACUCGUGUCAAUUCAAAGUUUGGAUGGAAAUCGGAGAGAGGUCUGGGUAGUGUCUUCAAAUACAUCAGCUGUCAACUGUUUACAAACAUGGCAACAGGCAGCAGUGCCACUGUCCUCCUCAACUGCAUUUACAGUGAUGUUUGAAAAUGUACCAACGGACAACAGCUGGGGGGUGGUUGCCGUGGACUCUGUUAGAUACACGACACAGCCGUCACCAUCAGCCUGUCCACUCGCCCCACAGCACGCUCUGCCACGUGACGAUGACGUCAUAUGGUCGUUGCCGUUGAGCUCUACACACAGACUGUCAGGAGACAUCAGUACGGUUACCGAGUCAGCGGUAGAUAACCCACGAACGACCGUUGCAUUUCGUCAGUCAGGGUUGUCUAGUUUAGUGGAUGUUACUACAGUUCUCCAGUCACAGAGUGGAUUCAGCAGCAGUCCCAGUAAGUAAUAAAACGUGUCUCCCUGGCUGUUCCUCUGUUUGUUUUUUAGGUAUAGAAAUGAUUAUUUUUAAAGAUAGUUACUAGACUUUAUAUUAAUAAUUAAGGAACAAGGAGGAUAGAAUGUUUUUAAGAAGAGAACCUGAAGAAUUUCAAGUAGCUUGUGUCACAUUUUCAUCAUUAUAGUUCUAUUUUCAAACAGAAGAUGGACAAUACGAGCACAACAUUACUUAAAUAUGUAAAAUACUUACAUCAUUGCUAAUAAUAUAUUUUAUAUUUAUAUAUAUAUAUAUGGGGUGUGUAAAAAUGAUUUCAAUUGUUAAUCAAAAUCACAACAGCCCAUGUCCCGAAGCAGCACCGCAUAGCAUAAAGAAUUUCAUCAAAAAUAACUUGAAAGGAUCGUGAUCUCAUGAUCUACAGGCGCCAUCUUGAUAGUCCAGCUAUCCGGUAGCAGAA